GAAGUCAGUCAGUCAGUCAGUGCACAGAUAGCGAGAGUGGAACCAACACUUACGUCAGUCCAUAGUCCAGUGCAGUGGUAUAAGGUGACCGGCGGUGAACCAUCGCUGCACAACACACUGAACCAUCGAUUCGUAAAGGACUCUCGACGCGCUGAAGUUUGAGUGAUUCUGGUGUCGACCUGGCAUUACUUGGAUUUUAUUUUGGAUCAACCAUUUUCAAUUAGAAAUAAUUGGAUAUUUAGGAAUUUGGCUCCUCGUUGACAUUUUUAAAGGACAAGGAUGACGUUACACGCCCUCCUCCUCCUUAUGGUGAUGGCGGCGGCGCCCUCGGUCAAGCCCACGGCCGGCCAGAACGCCCACGAGAACGAAUUCGGGUGCCACUGCAUGGAGUACUGGACGUGCAUCACCAGCGGCGGUCAGCCCUACAGCUACUGCGGCCUCAGCGCCUCCAGCGUGUGCUGCUUCGUCCCGUUUAACGCCAAGCCGAUCGGGAUCCUGCCCCUGGCGCAGCGCAAGAAGUCCUGCGGCCGCAAGGGCACCAGCAACCGCGACGACGGCCAGGCGGAGAUGUCGGAGUGGCCGUGGCACGCAGCCAUCCUGGAGCAGCCGCAGGACCUGUACGUGUGCGGCGCGUCGCUGCUGGACGAGUCGUGGAUCCUGACGGCCGCGCACUGCGUCGAUGAUUAUCUCGAGAAGGCGUCGAACCUGCAGGAGUUGCUGAAGGUCCGCCUGGGCGAGUAUGACGUCAGCACGACCGCCGAGCCGCUGCGCCACGAGGAGUUCGCCGUCGACAGGAUCGUCAUCCAUCCCGAGUUUGACAACGCGACGCUGGUCAACGACAUCGCGCUGCUGCAGCUGGUCCGCUCGGCGCGCAGGAAGCCCAACAUCGACGCCGUCUGCAUGCCCAAGCUCAACGACUUCGCCGAGGGCAGCCCCGCCACCUGCUUCGUCACGGGCUGGGGCAGGAGGAACGAAGAGACUGAGCACAGCGUCGUCCUAAAGGAGAUCAGCGUGCCCCUGUGGAGCAACCCCGCCUGCCAGAACGCCCUCAGGGAACAGUUCGGGCCGGCCUACUCGCUCCCUACGACAGCCCUCUGUGCCGGGGCUGAGGGACGCGACGCCUGCGAUGGCGACGGCGGCGGCCCUCUGGUGUGCGAGAAGGAGGGCCACUGGUACCAGGUGGGCGUCGUCAGCUUCGGCAUCGGGUGCGGGCGGCGCAACAUCCCGGGCGUGUACACACGGGUGCAGGCCUUCGAGGGCUGGAUCAAGGACACCAUCGGCGUGCACCACCACCCUUGACGCGGCGCCGCCCUCGUCGCUCGACGCCGCGCCGCACAUGCCAACACAGUCAUCGUGACGCAACCAUCCUUCUUGGCUCCAGCACACGCACGGGCGGCGUCGGGAAGCCCCGCGCGCGGCUCGUGCCCGGGGAGAAAUGUGUGACUGGGUCGCAAAUACAUACACGUGUGUGUGUUGUAUGAACUCAAGUAUGUAUACAUAUACUCACACGCGCGCGCGCACACACACAGCCAUACAC